UGUACCAAAAAAAUCCCCAAAACAAACAAAAAAACCUGCCCACACACAAAGGAAAUUCUGUUCCCCAAAGAAAAAUAACUUACUUCCACAUCCACUGUAGUAACAUGGCAGAACCAAUCACCAAGACAUUGCCCACACAGACAAGGUUAAGGGAUAAAGUCAGAGGAUUUCUGUCAUCUGAUUGACAGGAAACUAUAUCCAUUGAAUAUACUUUAGUUUGAACUUGCAAGUCAAAAAGAAGCUUCUUCCAGAGUGUCAGGGACCUGUCACUGGGUUUCCUGUGACACACAAGGCUCUUUUUUCUCUGCUGAAAAAGUUGCCCAGAGAUAAAGAAAAGCAGAUCCUAGAAGACAGCUACAUCAGCAUCACAACUCCAAGGAGUGCAUUCAUGUUGUGGAAAUGGAAAUACCCUCUUCCUGGAAGCGUGCAUAUAGUGGUUGAAAGAGUAGGUGACCUGGAACAAAACCUAAUGUUUUAGGGGGUCUCAAUUGUCUCAUCUGAAAAAAAAAUCAUUUAAAAAAAUUUCUCAAAGAGCUUUUCCAUGGGAUCUCAUUUGAUCCUGAUGUUAUUAUUGUAUUAUGCCUCAAUGAACAUGGAGACACUGAGGGUCCAUAGACACAGUUAAUGAUCUUGGAAAUCAAUUUAAAAGCUAAACUGGACUUAGCUGGAAGAUAUUUUGCCCAAUCUUCCCAUUAUUCAUAUUGGUAGACCAAAGCAUAGAGCAAAAAAGAAUUGAAUGGAGGGUCAGGGUGGCAGAGUUGGAACCAGAAUCUAAAGGGUUAGGUUUUAGGUGGCCCUGAAAAGUGGACAACUGUAGGCAUUCUUGGAUUCUGUGACUCUCUGACCUUCCAGUCAGCCCUUCCCACCUCCACUCUGGGAAUCAUGCUUGUGACACAAAACCAGUUUUGUAAGAGAGUCCCCGAGAAUCAGGUUCUCCCUCAGGUGCCCCAGAUUUGGAGGCUGAAUAGGCAGAAACAGUUAAUCUACGUUGAUAGUGCAGUUACAAUAAAUCUAGACUCUUGCCCCCUCAGACUUCUCUAAACCAGCAUCCACUAUUCGACCAUAACAUUCCCCACACAAAAGUGACUAAUAAUGGGCCGGGGGUUUAGCUCAGUGGUUCUGGUGCCUGCCUCACAAGUACAAGGUUCCGAGUUCAAUCCCCAGUACUAAAAAAAACCAACCAAACAAAAAAGUGACGAAUAAGCAUGCUUUUGAAAUAUGUGAUGACGCACUUAUUUCUUCCCAAUGGGCUGUGACCCUUUUCUUGGAGUUGAUGUGCCCAGGUGUCCUUACUGUGAGCCUUAAGGGUCUUGUGUGAGAACAAAAUUGCCUCCUUUAAUGUGUAACUCUUAAUACAGGUGCUCUGUGAGCGAAACAGUGCAAGCAGACCUAAAGAAAGCCUUCUUAAUGCUCAUUUCGAUCAUCCCAAACCCUUUUCAUGUCCUCAAACUCCUAUAGCAAUCUCAGCCUUUUACCUUGACAGCAUGCUCCGCUCUUGGACUGACCCACUGCUCUCUUGAGUACAUCAGUAAACUCUUGGGCUGGGGAUUUAGCUCAGUGGUUACCGCGCCUGCCUUGAAAGCGCAAGGUCCCGAGUUCAAUCCCCAGUACCAAAAAAAAACAACACACACAUACAUCAAUAAACUCUAACUUUUCUAUAUUCUUCGACUAUUGAUAAAUUCUUUUAUGGCCCAUGGCCCUGGCCUCUCACAUGCUGCAACUUACACGGCACCAGGUUUGUGACCUUGCACUUUGUCCCUUCCCAGGCCUCAGCCCAGCCAGCAGGAGUUGGUUCGGAAUGGAAUGAACAGGCCUUGAAAUACAGGUCUUGUUUUUGUCAGAUGGAGGGGUGGAAAGAGAAAUCUGCUUGAGGUGGAGAAGCCUUCUUUCCUCCCCACCCUCCCCCACCACUGUGCUUCCAUACUUAAGACUCUGAAAUCAUCCUGCUAUGGACUUGAUUUUGUGUUCCUCCCAUGUUCUGCACAGGCAGUGUCACAGAGUGUGCCAAGGAACAGAGGACAAACUCUUGAGCCUUUAACCUUUACUAACUAAAAGCACAAUGUGUGUUUUCUUCUGAAGCAAAAUUGGGGACUUAAAAGCAGUUUUUGCUAAAAACUGUGACUCUACAUUUGGGACUACAAAUACCCAGUAUGUAACUAAAAGUAGAACAAAGCUUAAUCUUCAUUUUGUAAAACUCUGGGUCAAAUCCUUCUUAGAUCUGCGUAUGAGAAGGUUAGUCAUUUAGGGAAUCCCUGUCUACAAGUUGGCAAAAUGAGGUUUAUUAGCCCUAAACUUACCUAACCUAUCUCAAUAUUCUUCACUACAGAAGACACCAGGAUAAGAAAUUUACAGGGACAGUCAACUACACUCAGAAAUCCUCAUUGCCCUAAACUUAGGAUCACCUUGGAUUCCAGCAGGCCUCAUAUGACUGAGGCUGCUCCAAACAAUGACAAUCAUCCUAUGGAAACCAAACUGCCUCUCAAGUCAUGAGGGUUCCUCCAGAGCUAGGAUUGAAAUACAGUACAGCCAACCACAGUACAACAUAAAACCGGUGUCCGUUCUUUCGUGAAUGAGGCAGUCUGACCCACUUCUUCUGACCUGUGACCUUCAGGUUUUUUUGGGUUUUUGGUACCAGGGAUCAAACUAGGGACCAGCACCGGAACCAUUGAGCUAAAUCCCUGGCCCAACCUUCAGUUUCUUAAACUGGAGCCUUCACUUACUUUCCUUUAUUAAGGGACUGUCUUGAUCUUCGUCAGAGCUUUAUUUUCUCUUGCUUUCCUAUUACAGCUUUUCCCUGUAAAUUCAUACUGUUGUUUUCGUUUUAACUUCUGUCUUCACUAAAGUGAGGAUCCAUAUUAGCUGGGCAUAGCAGGAAGCUCUUGUUUCCCACCAUACCCUCAAUGAAGGACGGAGCAGGCACAGGGCAGACAUGCUCACUAAGCAGUUGGUAAAUCCAUGAGAUUUAGUAAAUCCAUGAGAUUUAAUCCAUGAGAUUUAGCAGUUGGAGGAGCUACUCAGGCCUUUUACUUUGGACACAUUGGUAUUUUUCAAGUUUUUUAAAAAAUGAGCAUGCAUUAUUUUUUUUUCUCAUAUAAUCACUUUAUUCCCAUACACAUGCCCCUUACCUCAAUUUUUCCUAAAAUCUUGAACCCUAACCAUUUUCCAUCGAAAGUCCAUGCAAUAAGAUGAAAGGAUACAAUGAACAUCAGUGUUUCAACCUUGCUGUCUCCUAGUAACAUCAAUGACCAUGAAGAAUCAGAUAACAGGGUGAUAAUGCUGAACAAAGGCCUCCUCAAUUUUCUAUGCUAUGUACAAUGUCUCCAUGACUCAAAGGAUCAUUGGGUUUAACAUUAACGUUUCCUCCACUGUUUGUGUAAAUCAGCAAGGGGUAAAUCAACAGAGUAAAUCAAGCCCCAAUCCUAGCCCUGAUUCUGUUCCUGUAAAUUGUCUUAGCAUCACUAAUUCCAAAAUACCAGCGUGAUGUCACCUGACCCAGAACUGUUAUACAGUAUUUACAACAUAGAAACUCAACUAAAGUAAAUAACCUCAAGUACCUUCACGGGAAAUGGUAAAAUACAAGUCAUAAACUCUCCAUGAUGGAAGGUCAUGGUGUCAAGUGAAAUAACUCAAGGUGACAUACAGUACAUCCUCAACAAAUUUGGGGGGUGGGGUCUUGCACAUGUCGGGCAAGUGCUCAACCGCUGAGCUACAUCCCCGGCCCUUUUUAAUUUUGAGACAGUGUCUCACUACAUUGUCAAGGCUGGCCUGGGACUUUCGGUCAACCUCCAGAGUAGCUGGGUUUAUAGGCAUGUGUCACCGCACCCAGCUCAACAAAUUUUAUUAUCUGAUAUGUCACCAGCACGCAUUAUUUUUGCAAAAACAAAAGUCUUUUUUUUUCCUCAAAAAGAAAAGCAGCUGAGUUACUGCAGAGGACUCUAUCAGUAGCAAAUUGUCUUGGGUACAACAAAUGUCCAGUUGAAAGUACUUUCUUCUCUGUAGAGAUCAGAUCAGAGAAGGGCAGUGCCCUGCUGAUGUCCUUCCUCAGCACUCAGCAAGUCAGGCGGGGUCCCAAAUCCUCUACUUUCACAUUAGCCUGAAAAUCUCCAGGAGUCCCGAUCCAAGGGAAUAGAGGGGUGCGGGGUGGGAGAUUGGAAACAAGCAGGGUGCGGUGAACCUGAGAGAGGUGGGGCGGAGCAUGGUGAGGGUGCACAGUGACGCGUGGGGGUGCACAGUGACACGCUGGGUGAAGCUGCGGGCGCAGUUAAGAGCCUGCGGGCACACAAGGGCGAGAAGGGGAGGCGGGGAGCGCAGGGCGGGGCGAAGAAAAGGAGGAGGGAUAGAGACCGUGAUCACGCCGAGCCUGCCCAGCGCGUGCGCGCCCAGCCGAGCCGCCGAGCUGCCGAGCCGUGCGCAGCUGCGCUUUUCUCCGCUGUUGGCUUCUUGAGAGCCAGGAUCUUGUGCUGUGAAGACGUUUCCAAAGUGCCUCCUGUUAACCAGCAACUCUGACCCACAAGGCCUGGGAAAAGAAGACUGUUAGAUUGUGGGAGGGUAGUCUUGUUCUGUUCAGUAACUCCUUGCGCUGUGGACCUGGCACAGACUUGGUUUUCUCCAUGGCACACCGGUUGCCGAUCCGUCUACUGACGUGGGAUGUGAAGGACACACUUAUCAGGCUCCGCCACCCUGUCGGGGAGCAAUAUGCUGCCAAGGCCCAGGCACACAGGCUGGAGGUGGAGGCCACAGCCCUGGGACAAGCCUUUGGGCAAGUGUACAAGGCUCAGAACCACAGGUUCCCCACCUAUGGCCUGAGUCAGGGCCUCACCUCCCGCCAGUGGUGGCAGGAUGUGGUCCUGCAGACCUUCCACCUGGCAGGUGUCCGGGAUCCCCAGGCAGUAGCCACCAUUGCUGACCAGCUGUACGAGGACUUCAGCAGCCCCUGCACCUGGCAGGUGUUGGAGGGGGCUGAGACCACCCUGAGGAGGUGCCGAAAUCGAGGUCUGCGGCUGGCAGUGAUCUCAAACUUUGACCGACGGCUAGAGGAUGUCCUGGUGGGACUGGGCCUACGGGAACAUUUCGACUUUGUGUUGACCUCUGAGGCUGCUGGCUGGCCCAAGCCGGACCCCCGCAUUUUCCACAAGGCCUUGCAGCUUGCUCAUACAGAACCAGCCUCAGCAGCCCAUAUUGGGGACAGUUACCGCUGUGAUUACCAGGGGGCUCGGGCUGUGGGCAUGCACAGUUUCCUGGUGGUUGGUUCAGAGCCUCUGGACCCCAUGAUCAGAGAUUCUGUACCUAAAGAACAUAUUCUCCCCUCACUCUCUCAUCUCCUUCCUGCCCUUGACCAGGGCUCAGCUCCUGGGCCGUGAGUCUGGGGAGGAAGUUGAUGGGGCCCCUUCUUUCUCCCAGGUGUGGGCUGGGCCCCUCCCUGCGCAGCCAUGUAACUUGUUCUGACUAUAAAGGAGUGAGAGCUGAGCGUUGAUUCUUGCCCCACUAACCAGCCA